AGUCUCCUCAUUGGGGAUGUUCCAGGCCCGUCUGGACACAGCCCUGUGCCAUGUGCUCUGGGAUGACCCUGUUUGAGCUCGGACCCGUUGUGUGGAAUUGCCGCCGCCUUCCCCUUCAUCCCGCACACCCCCCGGAGCUCCGUUACGGGCAGCGCCGAGCCCGCCCCGAGCCUGCAGCGCUGCCCGGGGCUCGGCGGGCCGGGGUCCGGCGGCCGUGAGGGGCCGUGAGGGGCCGGGCCGGGGCUCCCUCAGCUCCCCCGGGCGGGGCAGGGCGGGGGCGGCCCCCGCGCCGCGCUCCCCCCGCGCUCCCCGGCGCGCUGCAAGAUGGCGGCGGGAGCCGAGCGCGGCGCGGCGGUGCCCGCGGAGCCGCCGCCGCUGAGCGCCGAGGAGGUGGCGAGGAGGCUGGCGAGCACCCGCCGGGAGCUGGGCAACCGCCGCAAGAUCCUGCUGCGGAACCUGCCGGCCGAGAGCAGCAGCCAGGAAAUCCACGAGUUGUUCAAGGAUUAUGAAAUCAAGUAUUGUUAUGUGGACAGGAAUAAAAGAACAGCGUUUGUCACCCUGUUAAACGGGGAGCAGGCCCAGAGCGCCAUCAGGAAAUUCCACCAGCACUCCCUGCGGGGGAAGGAGAUCUCCGUGCAGCUGCAGCCGACGGAUGCUCUGCUCUGCAUCACCAACCUGCCCCUCUCCCUCAGCAUAGAGGAGUUUGAGGAGCUGGUGCGUGCCUAUGGCAACGUGGAGCGGUGUUUCCUGGUGUACAGCGAGCUCACCGGCCGCUCCAAGGGCUACGGCUUCGUGGAGUACAUGAAGAAGGACUCUGCUGCCAAGGCCAGGCUGGAGCUGCUGGGCAAGCAGCUGGAGGAGAGCACUCUGUUUGCACAGUGGAUGGAUGUCAACCAGCUGACCACAAACCUCAUUCACUCCAAGUGCCUUUGUGUGGAUAAAUUACAAAAAGACUGCGCUGAUUCCAAGGAGCUGAUCCAGGCGUUCUCCCUCAAGUACAAACCUGUGUUCUGCCAGUUUGCCCAGGACGAGGACGGCGGCUGCGGGGACUUUGCCGUGGUGGAGUACGAGAGCGCGGAGCAGGCGGAGAGCGUGCGCGGGGCCAUGGACGGCGCCACCGUCGGCGGCAGGAGGGUGCAGGUGUCCUUCUGCGCCCCCGGAGCCCCGGGCAGGAGCACCCUGGCAGCUCUGAUUGCAGCACAGAGGAUGAUGAGGAACAAUAGGAAAGGCUUGCUUCCAGAGCCAAAUCCAGUGCAGAUCAUGAAAAGUUUUAAUAAUCCAGCAAUGCUGCAGAUGCUGCUGCAGCCCCAGCUGCGUGGCCACGCUGUUAAACCUGUUCUUGGAGCAUCUGCAGGUUUACCUCACCUCAUAAAUUCAGCAGUUGGGCCACCUUUUUUGCAGUUGAAUAAAGUUCAUCAGAGCUCACUUCUGGGGAGCACGUCCAGCCUGCUGCUGCAGAGCCCUGCUCACCUGCCCCUGCCCCAGCAGCAGCUCCUGAAGAUGGAGAACAUGCAGGCAAACAGUAAACCAGGUUUGCUGGGAGAGCCUCCAACAAUGCUCCUGCAGACAGUGCUGGGCAUAGGGGUGAUGCCAGCAGUGAACUCGGGCCUGGCAGCACGAGGAGAAGCUCUCAAGUCCGCGGCAGGGAUGGGCAUGCUGCCGUUCUUCCCGAGCCAGCACCUCGUGGGACAGGCGCUCCCCGGGCCCGCCGCCGACAAGGGCGAGGCGGGGCCGGGCCCGCAGCCCUUCCCGCCGGCCCUGCCCAGCCUGCCCGGGGCGCUGCGGGCCGCGCCCUGCAAACCGCCCGGCCAGCUCAGGAACUGCGACUCCGGCCUGGGGACUCCCUUGAAAAAACAGACUUCUCUGCUUGGGGAACCCCCAAAAGAAAUUCGGCUGAGCACCAACCCCUACUUGAAUUUGGCAAGUGUCCUGCCUGGUAUCUGCCUGCCAGCAAUUGCCAGCAAAGCCUCCAGUCCUCCACAGCAGACCAGCCUUCCAAACAAUGUCAUGGAUGCUGCUGUGUCUCAGGGAACUGCAUCACAACAUGCAAUGGAAAAUUACUUCAGUUAUUCCCAGCAGCCUGGGGAAUACCCACAGGAGGCUGUCCAGCAGUGGUACCAGCAUUGUGCUCAGGCACAUCCCUCCACCCAGGCCAGAGUGGAGGGCUUGGAAAAUGAAGCCUCUGAGGAAUCUGCGGGUGGAUCUUUCCCAGACUGCAGCACCUGCCUGCAGGUGGUGCCUCCCCUUUUGAGCGGAGCCCCGGGGUCCCAGCAGGGCUGGCAGCCUCCUCCAGCCAAUCCCUUAAAGCAGGCGGCCCCCAAGCGCGGCUCCGCGUUCCUGCUGCCCGAGCCCGGCCCCGCGGAGCUGCCGGCGCCCGGCGGCGCCGCGCGGUUGGCGGAGGCGGCGCUGAAGAAGAAGCGCGUGUACUGAGAGCCCAGCGCUGCCCCGGCACGGCACGGCGGGCACGGAACCCCGCAUUUACCGCUGCCUUCACCGCGCCCGAGGAGCGCUCUCUGCGUGCGGGGAGCGUCCCACAGGAGCCAGCUCUGUCCCGGCGCGGCCAAGGACACCGAGUGACACCCGGGCUGUGGCACAGGCGGCGGCUGCUUUCACCUGGAGAGGAGGGGACAGCGCUGGCUUUGUCACCCGCGGGCUGAGGGACAGCACAAGGACUGGGGGAGCUGGGGCAGCUCCAGCUGAAAGCAAUAAAAACCCGGAGGAAAGAAAGCUGAUCCUCUCUCCAGUCCUCAGCCUGAAGAAGUUAAAAGAGGAAGUCUUGGUAGGAAUUCUUUUGUAUUUUUUUAACUCGGAAUGUGGGGCUUUUUUUCCCAACUUUCCUUUUUCCAGGAUUAAGAGCUCUGCAUUUACAGCCUUUCAAUUUUUAAUAUUUCUUCUUAAUCCUGGAAUGGAGCGAUACCAAAUGGAUUCCCAGAGCCCCGGUGAUGUUCUCAAUAAAUGCCUGUGCAAAGGGAGAUGCUACCCUGUGCUGCCUUGGGAUAUUCCCUGGGAUUUGGAGAGCUGAUCCUUGGACAGUGGAAUAACUUUGUUUUUAGCCUGAGAAUCCACAGCUUUUCCAUGGAGGAAGCAAUUCCCAGUGUGAGGCAGCACCCUCCUUCCCCAGGUGUGGGGCAGCCCUUCCUGCGCCACCCCACAUUUGUUUCCCACUUUUGAGUGUAUUUUCCUUUUUUUUUUAAGACUUUUUCUAUUUUUAGCUUAUUCUCAGCUCUGGCUCGAGUUGUUCUCUUCUGCCAUCAGUGGAAAUGAGGAGCCAGCCCUCGUUCCAGGGCUUUGCCCCUUGGAAUCCUGCUGCAAAUCCAUUCGGAUUGAGUUCACCCAGGCCAGGAGCCGCCUCCUUCUCCCUUUUCUUUGCUAGAGAACACUGAAGCCAUUUUUCAAUACUGAUUUUUUUUUAAUGAAAAGUCUUAAAUUUUGCCUUUCAAGCUUUGGGAUGUGACCAGGAUCCACAUUUUCAAAGCUUUAAAAAAUCCCAGUCAAAAUCCCUCUUCCCUCCGCUGCUGGAACUGCUCCACAAAGAGGAGCCAGGAGCUUUUCUGGGAUUCUGCCUGUAUGUAUUGAUAAAUUCACUUGUAAUAUUUUGUUUCAACUGUUUGUAUAUGCAACUUUCUCAACUUGUUACACUUUUCAAUGAAAAUAAAUUGUUGGUACUUA